AUGGGCUCUGCACAAAGCCAGGAAGAACAGCCAGAUGUAGUCCGUAUAGAUAGGGAUGAAAUUCCUGAGGAAUACAAAACUGUUGGAGUAUCUUCCGAUGUGGUCAAAAGAGUAAAUGCUCAAACCGGUAGUGGAAGUUCUGAAGCAGAGCGGUUGAAGGAUGAGCUAGCCCAUGAACGACUGGAGAAGGAACGCUUGAAACGAGAGAUGUCUUACCUUACGGAGUUGCAAGCAAGACAGGUGCCAUCCGACAUCACUGGUGACGACAUCGAAGAGAGAAAGCGCGUGUUCAAUGAAACCGUAGAGAGAGUUGAAAAGAAAUUCUUCUCUUAUCAACGGGAAAACGUAUGCGCCGACCACGAAAAGGAAAUCAUGGAAUGCAUUAAAGCAAAUCCAAAUCGUGUGUUAAACUGUGGCCAUCUACUGGCUCCAUAUGAGAAGUGUGUUAGUGACUUCCGUGAUGAGGUUUUAAAAGGAAAGUAG